AUGCGUCUCCGCGCCGCCGCCUCCAAGCUGCCCGCCCUUCUGGCACUACUCGGGGCUCUUCUCCCAGGUGAGUGCCCCGGAGGCGCCGGCUACCGACCGGGCUGGCUCCCAGGCUCCGGAUCCUCGCCUCGGGAUCCGGGGUGCGUCCUGGGGUUGGGAGAGGCCAAGCUAAGUGUGUACCCCACGGAGGCCACGGUCUUGAGGGGCAGCACUCUGCUGGUGAACUGCAGUGACUCCUGCGGGGAGCUGGGCCUGGAGACACCCCUGACCAAGGAGAUGGUGUCCGAGGGCGACACAUGGAAGACAUUCCUACUGAGCGAUGUGCAGGAGGACGGCGAGCCUAUGUGCUUCUCCAACUGCGGCCAACAGGACAUGCUAUCGCUCCCCAUCACCGUCUACUGGUCCCCUGAGAGCGUCGACCUGGAACCCCUGCCCUCCUGGCAGCCUGUGGGUGAAAACCUCACAUUGAGCUGCCAGAUAAAAGGUGGGGCGCCCCGAAGCAACCUCACGGUAGUGCUGCUCCGCGGAGACGAGGUGCUGAGCCGGCAGCCCGUGCCAGGGGACCCCACCAAACUAGCGGAGGUCACGGCCGAGGUGCCUGUGCGCAGAGAGGACCACGGCGCCAACUUCUCCUGCCGCACCGAACUGGAUCUGCGCUCCCGUGGGUUGGAACUGUUGGAGAACAGCUCGGCCCCCUUGAAGCUCCGAACCUUUGACAUGCCUGAAACCCUCCCAAACCUUACCGUCCCGGAACUUUUGGAAGUGGGCACAGAGGCAGUUGUGGUCUGUACCCUGGACAAACUAUUCCCAGCGUCAGAAGCCGAGAUCCACCUUGAGCUGGGGCACAAACAGUUGGAGCCCAUGGUCACGUACAACAAGCACUCCAUCUCUGCGAAGGCCAAGGUUCCCGUGGCAAACGAGGGGGUGCAGCAGCUGGAAUGUACGGUGCUCCUGGGAACAGAGAUGCGACAGCAAGAGAAAAGUCUGACUUUCUACAGCUUCCUGGCUCCCAACCUUUCCCUGAGUGCCCUGGAGGUGCCACAAGGGACAGAGGUGACAGUGGCCUGCGAGGCCCAGACUGGAGCACUGGUAACGCUGAAUGGCGGUGAAUCUGAGAUCUCGAGGACCCAAUUCAUAUUCAAUGCCAGCGCCGCAGACAACGGGAAGAGCUUUUUGUGCUCUGCCCAGCUGGAAGUGGCUGGACAGAGACUGUGGAAGAACCAGACCCGCAUGCUCAGCGUCCUGUACGGCCCCCUUCUAGACACCAGUGAUUGCCCGAGGAACUGGACCUGGGACGAGGGCUCCGAUCAGACCCUGCGGUGCCGGCCCCGUGGGAACCCCAAGCCCCAGCUGCAGUGUCUCCGGAAGGGGGACAGGGCUCCGCUGCACAUUGGGGACCACAGGCCUGUCAAGGAGGAGAUCCAGGGCACCUACGUAUGUCGGGCCACCAAUUCUCAGGGUGUGGUCACUGCUGAAGUGGUCCUGACCGUGAACUCCAAGCCUAGGAAUCACUUGCCUAUUAUCAUCACCGUGGUAGUUCUGCUAACAUUGGCCAUUGUGGCUGCUGUAAUAUACUCCAUUAACCGCCAGAGGAAGAUCAGAAAAUACAAGCUCCAGGAAGCCCAGAAGGCAGAAGCCUUGAAGUUGAAGUUGGCGGCCACCCCGCCCUGAGCCCAGCCAGAGGCUGAUGACCUGCUCAGCCUCCUUCAUGGUGGUGGGGUGCUGACAUGAAUCAUGUUGGACAGAUGGAUGGGUGCUGGCCAGGUCGCCACACCCUUUCCCUAAGAUGCCCGGGAAUAGGACAGAGACCUUUAUGGAAACCUAGAUAGCAUUUCGGGGCUACACGGAAGAAUCCAGAUUUCACACUCGCUGCA